CGCGGGUCGGGCCUUCCGCGGCAGCGCCCCCGCCUCCCGGACCUCCGUCCGGGCCUGCGCGUUGCCGACUCCUGGGGCCGGUCCAGGCAGGAGGCGGAGGGGGCAGGCCCGGGAGGCCACGCGUGACACCUCGGGGUGCCCGCCCACGCCUUCUCGGCCGUAGCGGCAGGGGCUGGGCCGCGGCCGCCUCCAGGACACACCCAUCCAGGAGGGGCUGUCACCGUCUAGGUCUCUGCAGGAGGAGGAGGCUCCGGACGCCCCCUGGGGGGCGGGAGGCGCUCGGCCCGUCGCCCCAGGAGCCCGCUUUGUGACCUUGGGGGCCUUGUCUGGGCUUUCCCUCAUCUGCAGAAGGAGCCCCGGUGGGCUGCUGGGCUGUUUCUGCUGCCGGCAGAGUUGGAUGCCGAGGGAGAAGUGAGCAGUGUUUACAGUGGACUGGCAGGCUGGCAAGAAGAGGGAAAGAGUGCAGGCCUGGGGGAGGCAGAGAGAACCCAGGGCGAGUUGCUGGAAUCUAAACUCUGCCCGGACCACUGAGGUCCCUUUUUCAAACCAUUCUGUUCUGAAUCUCGGCUUGGGGACGAUGUCUGGCUGUGCUUCUGACCUCUGUAGGAGCUGGUCCUCCACCUUCUCUGGUCAUCUGUGGGUGGACUUCUUGGGAGAAAGAACUCAGUGUCCUCUUCGGAGGCAGAGACUCUCCACUGCUUCCGGGGAAGGAGCCUGACCUGCCGGCUUCCUGGCACCUGUCUCUCCUCCCAGCCCUGUUGUGCCUUCCAAGUGCCUGCAUCCUGUCUGUGCUGAGACCUCUUGGCGUUCCGUGCUGGCCUGGUUCAUGUGUGUUGAGGACCAGGCCACGCGGAGGCUCGCUCCCAGGGAGGAUGGCAGCGCUCCACACAACUCCCGACUCCCCAGCUGCCCAGCUGGAGCGGGCAGAGGACGGGUCAGAGUGCGACCCUGACCAGGAGGAAGAGGAGGAGGAGGAGGAAAAGGGGGAAGAGGUGCAGGAGGUGGAAGAAGAGGAGGAGGAGAUAGUGGUGGAAGAGGAGGAGGAGGGUGUGGCAGAGGUAGUGAAGGAUGCACAGGUGGAGGAGGUGGCCGAGGUGGAGGUGGAGGCGGACAUGGAGGAGGAGGAUGUGAAGGAGGUGCUGGCAGAGGAGCAGUGUCCGGCGUUGGGGACCCAGGAGCGACUUAGCCGUGGUGGUGAUGCCAAGUCCCCAGUUCUUCAGGAAAAGGGCCUGCAGGCCUCCCGGGCUCCAGCCACUCCUAGGGAUGAGGACCUGGAAGAGGAGGAAGAGGAGGAGGAGGAUGAGGACGAGGAUGAUUUGCUGACGGCUGGGUCUCAGGGGCUGGUGACGUUUGAAGAUGUGGCUGUGUACUUCUCCCUGGAGGAGUGGGAAAGGCUGGAAGCAGACCAGCGGGGCCUCUACCAGGAAGUCAUGCAGGAGAACUAUGGGAUUCUCGUGUCCUUGGGAUACCCAAUUCCCAAGCCCGAUCUGAUCUUCCGGCUGGAACAAGGGGAAGAACCUUGGGUCCCAGAUAGCCCCCGACCUGAGGAAGGAGACAUCGUCACUGGCGUCUACACAGGAGCCUGGUUCUGGACGGAUGACAUAGAGGACCACGAGGAGGAAGACGACGAAGACUUCCUGGCAGAGGUGGCCGAGGAGGAGAACGAGCCCCCAGGGCUCUGGUCGGCGGCCUACGGCGUGGGGGACGUGCCUGGGACGUGGGGGCCCGACGACUCGGAUUCGGCGCAGACUCCAGAGGGGUGGGGGCCCGACCCAGGCGGCCUGGGGGUCCUGGCUGACGGCUCUGAAGCGAAGCCUUUCCUGCCCGGCCGGGAGCCGGGUGCGAACCUGCUGUCGCCCUGGGCGUUCCCCGCCGCAGUGGCCCCGCCAGCCGGGCGGCCGGAGACCACGUGCGACGUGUGCGGCAAGGUCUUCCCGCACCGCUCGCGGCUGGCCAAGCACCAGCGCUACCACGCGGCCGUCAAGCCCUUCGGCUGCGAGGAGUGCGGCAAGGGCUUCGUGUAUCGCUCGCACUUGGCCAUCCACCAGCGCACGCACACCGGCGAGAAGCCCUUCCCGUGCCCGGACUGCGGCAAGCGCUUCGUCUAUAAGUCGCACCUGGUUACGCACCGACGCAUCCAUACUGGCGAGCGGCCCUACCGCUGCGCCUUCUGCGGCGCGGGCUUCGGGCGCCGCUCCUACCUGGUCACGCACCAGCGCACGCACACGGGCGAGCGGCCCUACCCGUGUCCGCACUGCGGCCGCAGCUUCAGCCAGAGCUCGGCGCUGGCACGGCACCAGGCGGUGCACACGGCCGACCGACCGCACUGCUGCCCCGACUGCGGCCAGGCCUUCCGUCUGCGCGCCGACUUCCAGCGCCACCGACGCGGCGGGGGCUGCGCGGAGCCGGGUGGUGACGGCCCCCGGCAGGAGCCCGGCGAGACGGCGGCCGCCGCGGGGCCCGAGGACACUGACCCUGGGCCAGAGGGGCCGGAGGGACCUGAAAUUGGCGAGGCGGACAGAGAGGCGGAGGCUGCGGCCGAGGAGAGAGAGGAGGCGGCAGUGGCGGCGCCCACCCCCAGCGGCAAGGUGGACCCCGCGCCGGACCGGCGCUUCCUGGAGCUGGGCAAUGGCCUGGGGGAGGGCGAAGGCCCCUCCUCCCACCCGCUGGGCUUCCACUUCCCCGUGCACCCCAAGUCCUGGCUGCACCCGGACAGCUUCCCGAUCCUGGGCCUGCCCGACUUCCGAGAGCGGCUGCCGGUCGACGGGCGCCCGCUCCCGGCGCCCCUGGGGGGCCCGCUCUCCCUGGUGGAGGGCACCGGGCUGGCCUGCGACCCUUUCGGCGGCGGCGGGGCCGGGGGCGGCGGAGGCGGCCUGCGCGCGUUCGGGCCCGCCAUCGGGGGUCUGCUGGCGGAGCCCGCGCCGGCCGCGCUGGCGGAGGAGGAGAGCCCGUGGAUCUGCUCGGACUGCGGCAAGACGUUUGGGCGCCGGGCCGCGCUGGCCAAGCACCAGCGCUACCACGCGGGCGAGCGGCCGCACCGCUGCGCCGACUGCGGCAAGAGCUUCGUGUACGGCUCGCACCUGGCGCGCCACCGGCGCACGCACACCGGCGAGCGGCCCUUCCCGUGCCCCGAGUGCGGCGCGCGCUUCGCCCGCGGCUCGCACUUGGCGGCGCACGUGCGCGGCCACACGGGCGAGAAGCCGUUCGUGUGCGGCGUGUGCGGCGCGGGGUUCAGCCGUCGCGCGCACCUGACGGCGCACGGGCGCGCGCACACCGGGGAGCGGCCCUACGCGUGCGGAGAGUGCGGCCGGCGCUUCGGGCAGAGCGCGGCGUUGACGCGGCACCAGUGGGCUCACGCCGAGGAGAAGCCGCACCGCUGCCCCGACUGCGGCAAGGGCUUCGGCCACAGCUCGGACUUCAAGCGGCAUCGGCGCACGCACACGGGCGAGAAGCCCUUCCGCUGCGCCGACUGCGGUCGCGGCUUCGCGCAGCGCUCCAACCUGGCCAAGCACCGGCGCGGCCACACGGGCGAACGCCCCUUCCCGUGCCCUGAGUGCGGCAAGCGCUUUUCGCAGCGCUCGGUGCUGGUCACGCACCAGCGCACACAUACGGGCGAGCGGCCCUACGCCUGCGCCAACUGUGGCCGCCGCUUCUCGCAGAGCUCGCACUUGCUCACCCACAUGAAGACGCACCGCGGAGCCACCGCAGCGCCGGGCUCGGGUUCGGCCCCAGCCCCCGCGCCCAAGCCCGAGGCGGCCGCCAAGGGGCCGUCCAGCGCCGGCCCGGGGGAGCGCGGCAGCGCCCUGCUGGAGUUCGCGGGCGGCACAAGCUUCGGCUCCGAGCACCAGGCCGCGUUCGCCGGGCCCUCGGGCACCUACCGAGAGGGCGUCCUGUGAGGGGCCCGGGGCCGACGGCAGCGCAGCCUGCAGGGCCACCGGCCUCUCCCCUGGACGGCCGGCCCCCCGCUCCUCGGGCCCCGGGAGGCUGAGGGUCCCAGUCCUGGGUGCGGUGCCUUCCCUCAGCCCCCGCUCUGCGGCCCCGGGUCUCCUGCCCGCCGGGUCCGUGAGCUCAGCUGGAGACGUGGGGGAGCUCUGGGGCGAAGAGCAGCGCGGAGGCAGCGAGGCCGGGACGUCACCCCCACGGAGACUGCGAUAUCCCCUGGAUGGGCCCGGGCUGUGAAGCAGGGCGGUAGUUGGCGGGCGAUGCUAUUUAUUUCACUCGGAUUCCGACUUGGGUGGCCUGGGGAGCAAGGGACUUGUGCGUUUGCAACCGGGUGUGGCGGCGAGGGAGGGGAAAGCCCUUGCGCCACGGGAGGGUGGGCCGGGCCACCCAGGUGGGCCAGCGGGAUGCCUGGGAGGCCGGUGGGUUUGGCUGACCACUUUUUCCCGUUCCUCAGUGGGAGACUUGGGGUCUCUCGGUCAUCCGAGUCUGUCCCGAAGGUUUAACUGCGCGCGGCGAGGGGAGGCCUUGUAGGUUUCCAAAGGGCAGAGCUCCAGUGGGAAAACUUGAAACUUGUCGUCUGCGGAUAUUUAUUUCCACCUCUCGUAUGGCCUGAAGAAUCUAGGAGAAAAAGCCAGAUACCAAACUUACGGCCAGGCAGACGGGUCGCGGGUGUUGACAGGGUUCUGAGGGAGUUUGAAGCCUUAUUCUCGAGCCGCCUUCUCUCCUCUCCCCACACGUGCACCGAGGUCACCUCGGCGCCCGCCGCACCGGUUCGGUUUUGGUCUCUGCUUGUCCUCUCAGUCCUUUGGUACUUUCGCCUCCCUCAGCCGGAGGUGGCAGACAUCUACGGGCGCCCAAGACCCUCACAGCCCUGAGCCCCAGCUUUCACUUCCCUGGGCUGCCCUUCUCCGGGAGCAGGCAGACGCCCCGUUCUCGGAGCCUAACGCUCACUCAGAGCGACUGAGGUUGGUCGAAGGAUCUUUCCCCACAUCCCAUAGUCAGGGCCCUAGGACACCCGCAGGUCCUUUUAACUCUGCUUCUGUCAUUACACUAGAACAAGUAGUGUUUCUGUUUAGAGUCCCAUUUCACAAAUUGGUUAGUGGAGGCACCCGUGGCCUGGCAGCUUGCACAGUGGCUGUCCACCUCAGGGGGCGGGUGUGGACCUGAGCCGUGGCUCAGUGACAAACCAGGCACCCAACUAUGCAAGGCCCCUGCCUGGUGGGCGCCCCACCCUCCGGACUGGGCCCAUGGAAGCCACUGGGCAGGCAGCUGGGGUGUAGUUUAUGUGAAGCCCCCUUCCCCUCCUGCUUUUGGGGCCACUGUGAAUGGGGCCAGGAAACGGAUUUUUGGUGCAGCUGCAUUCCCUUAUAGACCUAGUUCCCUCCACGUUAGUGUAGACAUGGCCUUGGGGGCUGAGCGCAGCAGCCAGGCUGCCGGGGCUGGGGGCGGGUAGGAGGCACAGUAGUUGGUGGGUGGGAAGAGGGCCUGGGUGAGGUUGCGGGGCGGGGUGGUGAGGAGAGUAGGGGUCCCAGGGAGGCAUCGGGGUGCUGGGUAAUGGCCUCGGCCCUGGGUUUCUCCUCUCCCUGCGGGACAGGAGCCUCAGAAAGGGCCAAGGGCAGGUGGGCUUGGGGGGCUGUGGGAAUCUCAGCUCUAGCCCCGUAUGGCCAGGAUCUGCUGUCCCCGUCCCUCCUGGGCCCCAGCAGCUGUCCUGCAGCCGUCGGCAGGAGGGCCUGGCUUUAAUAAAGACUGGACAAACUGAG